AUGGCGUCCAAAGCAAGUGAAGUAGGAGCGCGCUCGCACAGACCCAUGAAUGAUGAAAAUAUCGCUGACGCACUAAAUGAAUCUGAAUUCGACUAUUCGGGCGAUGAUUCAGAUUGUGAUCUGACCUUCAAACCUCCGGAACUCGACUGUCAUGUUGUUGCAAUUGGUGCUAAUGAUUCCGAUACGGACAUUACAGACUCGGAUGAUUCAGAUAAUGCUACUGAAUCAGAUUACCCUGCACCUUCACCUACGUUAUCUACUGACUCCAGGGCUCCAAGGUCACGAGGAAGAGCACAAAGCAGACGACCAAGCAGAGGUCGUUCACUUACAAAUCCUCGUGUAAUCACACUUCGCGGAAACUCUGAAAAUGACAGUGAGUCACUAGAUAAAUGGUCAGCAGAUGCGUUUGAGCCAAAAGCCAAAAAUUUAAUGCAACCAGCUUACCUGGUCGUAGAUUCCACUGAUUGGGAGUUAUAA